AUGGCAUCAUCAAAUGCUGGUGAUUCAACCACUACAACAACAUUAAAAGAAAGUCCAAAUAAAAUUGAUGUUGUAUCAUUAAUUGUUCUUGUAUCAUAUCCCAAACAUUAUCGAAUAUUUGCCGAAAAAGAAUUGGUUCAUGAAAUAAUGCCAAAUGCAUCUGAUAGCGCAUUUGUUUGGUUUGGAAAUUAUUCAGCCGAAAAAGAUGAACAUCCUCCAGUGUAUAUGGAUGUUAUUGCACGAAUGAUCCGUCUAGGAUACAAUAUACAAGCAUCAACAGGUGGUGGAGGUAAUCCGGCUAUUGGUGAUAAUAUGUCAACACAUACCAGUCAUUACAUACUUACACGAAAACGUGAAUAA